UCCGCGCCCAGCGGGCGUGCGGGGGAGCGCGGCCACGCCUGGCCCGGCCACCAUUUCUUGGCGCCCACCGGUGCGAGCGCGGUGUCUGCACCAUGAGCGGGGACUCGGAGCGUCCCGCGGCCCCGGGGGUGGUACCUGCACCCUGCGCCUCGAAGGUGGAGCUGCGGCUUAGCUGCCGGCACCUGCUGGACCGGGACCCGCUGACCAAAUCCGACCCCAGCGUGGUGCUGCUGCAGCAGGCACAGGGCCAGUGGCUGCAGGUGGACAGAACUGAGGUGGUGAAGAGCAGCCUGCACCCUGUGUUCUCCAAGGUCUUCACCAUUGACUAUUACUUCGAGGAGGUGCAGAAGCUGCGCUUCGAAGUGUUUGACACUCACGGGCCCAGUGGCCUCAGUUGCCAGGAUGACGACUUCCUUGGGGGCAUGGAGUGCACCUUGGGACAGAUUGUGGCCCAGAAGAAAAUGACGCGCCCACUGCUAUUGAGAUUCGGUAGGAAUGCCGGCAAGUCCACUAUCACGGUGAUAGCGGAGGACAUCUCUGGGAACAAUGGCUACGUGGAACUCUCCUUCCAGGCCAGAAAACUGGAUGACAAGGACCUCUUUAGCAAGUCAGACCCCUUCCUGGAGCUGUACCGGGUCAACAACGAUGGGAGUGAGCAACUGGUGUACAGGACGGAGGUGGUAAAGAACAACCUUAACCCAGUGUGGGAGCCAUUCAAGGUAUCGCUGAAUUCACUGUGCAGCUGUGAGGAGACGCGGCCUCUAAAGUGCCUGGUCUGGGACUAUGACUCCCGAGGAAAACAUGACUUCAUCGGCGAGUUCUCCACCACCUUCGCAGACAUGCAAAAGGCCUUUGAGGAGGAGCAGGCCCAGUGGGACUGUGUGAAUGCCAAGUACAAACAGAAGAAGCGUAAUUACAAGAACUCCGGGGUGGUGAUCCUGGCAGAUUUGAAGCUCCACAGGGUCCACUCAUUCCUGGACUACAUCAUGGGUGGCUGCCAGAUCCACUGCACUGUGGCCAUUGACUUCACAGCCUCCAACGGGGACCCAAGAAACAGCUGCUCCCUGCACCACAUCAACCCUUACCAGCCCAACGAGUACCUGAGGGCACUGGUGGCAGUGGGCGAGGUCUGCCAGGAUUAUGACAGUGACAAGAGGUUUUCUGCUUUGGGGUUUGGAGCCCGGAUCCCUCCCAAGUAUGAGGUGUCCCAUGACUUUGCCAUCAACUUCAAUCCUGAGGACGAUGAGUGUGAAGGAAUCCAGGGUGUGGUGGAGGCUUACCAGAACUGCCUGCCUAAGGUCCAACUCUAUGGCCCUACCAACGUGGCACCCAUUAUCUCCAAGGUGGCGGGCAUGGCAGCAGCCGAGGAGCGCACCCAGGAGGCCUCUAAAUACUACAUACUACUGAUUCUCACGGAUGGUGUGGUGACCGACAUGUCGGAUACCCGGGAGGCCAUCGUGCGUGCUUCACACCUGCCCAUGUCCGUCAUCAUCGUUGGGGUGGGCAAUGCCGACUUCACAGAUAUGCAGAUCCUAGAUGGGGAUGAUGGAGUCCUGCGUUCCCCACGGGGCGAGCCAGCACUCCGUGACAUCGUUCAGUUUGUGCCCUUCCGUGAGCUCAAAAAUGCGUCCCCUGCGGCACUGGCCAAGUGCGUGCUGGCUGAGGUGCCCAAGCAGGUGGUUGAGUACUACAGCCACAAGGAAUUGCCUCCACGCAGCCUUGGAGCCCACAGUGGAGAGGCAGGUCCCAGUUCAGCACCAUGAGGAUGGCAGGCAAGAGGGAUGUGAGGAGUGUGUCCAUGCCCAGCACCUCCUGAGUCCCCAGGGACCCCUCAACUGCUUAUCUGCCAGCCUAGGCCCCAAUCCUCCUCCUGGGUCCUGCUGGCCUGGGUCAGUGACCUGGUACUCAUGAUGAGAGAUGAAGAAAUCAGGCAUCCUGAGGUGUCCCACAGAAGCUGCUCCCUGAUGCUCGGACUUCCCUGCACCCAACAUGUAUGAAGCAGGACAUGCUGAGAGAACAGGAGGGCACCUGGCAGCUCAUCCAGGGAGGCCUCCCUAGGUGAAGGGGUGGUGGGACUGGGGAUUCUCAUCAUCUGAUCCUUUGCGGGAGGGCGGCACCCCAGACCCUGGGGACACCAGGCCUGGGCACCUCAGCUCCGUAGGUUCCUUGUCCUGGCUGGUGGCACUCCACCUCUCUACUCCAUUUGGAGGCUUGUAUCUGAGUCUGUGAGAGGGGCUGUGAGUGUAAUAAAGUACCCUUCAU